CGAGCGGGGACCUCAGAAAUCACUCUUGAGGCGCGCAGCGGCGGGGCGCGGGGCCAUGAUCCCCCCGCAGGAGGCCUCCGCCCGGCGGCGGGAGAUCGAGGACAAGCUGAAGCAGGAGGAGGAGACGCUGUCCUUCAUCCGAGACAGCCUGGAGAAGAGCGACCAGCUCACCAAGAACAUGGUGUCUAUCUUGUCAUCUUUUGAGAGCCGCCUUAUGAAACUGGAGAACUCCAUCAUCCCUGUGCACAAACAGACCGAGAAUCUACAGCGGCUGCAGGAGAAUGUGGAGAAGACAUUGUCCUGCCUGGAUCAUGUCAUCAGCUACUACCAUGUGGCUAGUGACACUGAGAAGAUCAUCAGGGAGGGCCCCACAGGUAGACUGGAAGAAUACUUGGGAAGCAUGGCCAAGAUCCAGAAGGCUGUGGAGUAUUUCCAGGACAACAGUCCAGACAGCCCAGAGCUCAACAAAGUGAAGCUGCUGUUUGAGAGGGGGAAGGAGUCUCUGGAGUCUGAGUUCCGCAGCCUGAUGACCCGGCACAGUAAGGUCGUCUCCCCCGUGCUCAUCCUGGAUCUGAUCAGUGGUGAUGAUGAGCUGGAGGUCCAGGAGGAGGUGGUGCUGGAGCACCUGCCGGAGAGUGCGCUCCAGGACGUGGUCCGCAUCUCCCGCUGGCUGGUGGAAUACGGCCGCAACCAUGAUUUCAUGAACGUCUACUACCAGAUCCGCUCCAGCCAGCUGGACCGCUCCAUCAAGGGCCUGAAGGAACAUUUUCGGAAAAGCAGUUCUUCCUCUGGGGUUCCCUACUCCCCCGCUAUCCCCAAUAAGAGGAAGGACACACCCACCAAGAAGCCAGUCAAGCGGCCAGGGACGAUCCGUAAGGCUCAGAACCUUCUGAAACAGUAUUCCCAGCAUGGUCUAGAUGGGAAAAAGGGGGGCUCUAACCUCAUUCCUCUGGAAGGUCACGAGCAUGAUUUCCGAGUUAAGCACCUGUCCGAGGCCCUGAACGACAAGCACGGGCCAAUGGCCGGGAGAGAUGACAUGCUGGACGUGGAGACGGAUGCCUACAUUCACUGCGUCAGCGCCUUUGUCAAGCUGGCCCAGAGCGAGUACCAGUUGCUGACCGACAUCAUUCCUGAACACCAUCAGAAGAAAACCUUUGACUCCUUGAUACAGGAUGCGCUGGAUGGCCUGAUGCUCGAGGGGGAGAACAUCGUGUCUGCUGCCCGGAAGGCCAUCAUUCGCCAUGACUUCUCCACAGUGCUCACCGUCUUCCCCAUCCUGCGGCACCUGAAGCAGACCAAGCCUGAGUUCGACCAGGUGCUCCAGGGCACAGCCGCCAGCACCAAGAACAAGCUGCCCAGUCUCAUCACCUCCAUGGAGACCAUUGGCGCCAAAGCCCUGGAGGACUUUGCAGACAACAUCAAGAAUGAUCCAGACAAGGAAUACAACAUGCCCAAGGAUGGCACCGUGCAUGAGCUCACAAGCAACGCCAUCCUUUUCCUGCAGCAGCUGCUGGAUUUCCAAGAAACAGCAGGCGCCAUGCUGGCCUCCCAAGAAACCAGUUCUUCAGCCACCAGCUACAGCUCCGAGUUCAGCAAGCGACUUCUGAGCACCUAUAUCUGUAAAGUGCUGGGCAACCUGCAGCUGAAUUUGCUGAGCAAGUCCAAGGUGUAUGAGGAUCCAGCACUGAGCGCCAUCUUCCUGCACAACAACUAUAAUUACAUCCUCAAGUCCCUAGAGAAGUCUGAGCUGAUCCAGCUGGUGGCUGUGACCCAGAAGACCGCUGAGCGGUCCUACCGGGAGCACAUUGAGCAGCAGAUCCAAACCUACCAGCGCAGCUGGUUAAAGGUGACAGAUUACAUCUCAGAGAAGAAUCUACCUGUGUUCCAGUCUGGAGUCAAGCUGCGAGACAAGGAGCGUCAAAUGAUCAAGGAACGUUUUAAGGGCUUCAAUGAUGGCCUUGAAGAACUGUGCAAGAUCCAGAAGGCCUGGGCCAUUCCAGACACAGAGCAGAGAGACAAGAUCCGCCAGGUCCAGAAGAAUAUCGUCAAGGAGACCUAUGGAGCCUUUCUGCAAAGGUACAACAACGUGCCCUUCACCAAGAACCCUGAGAAGUACGUCAAGUACCAAGUGGAUCAGGUGGGCGACAUGAUCGAUCGCCUUUUCGACACCUCCGCCUGAGCUCGCCAGUGUCCCCGCCUGGUUCCCCACAGUAACCCUGUCAUUGGACAGAUAAACCAGUGUUAACUUCCUUC